ACACGGGAUAGGGCUCGUGACUAUCUUCACGCAAUGUGGCGCUCCAAUCACUCUUCUCCAGAAGAGUCUGACUCUGAGUCUCCUGCAGAGUCUCAAGAUCUAAAUGAGGCCAUCCUGAUGGAGGAUCUGUACCUGACUGACUCAUCAGAGGAAGCAGUUGCAGCCGAUGAUGCACUCAACAGGCAGAUCACUGCAGAUGAUCUGGAGGACUUUGAUCUUGAUAACAUCUUCACGCCCAGCAGAAAGAGGAAGGAAAGCCCUGUUAGACCAGAGGAUCGCAGAGCUUCUGUCAUCGUAAAGCGUUACCCUGAUGAAGUGUGCGAGCGGAACGUAGAAGUGCCGCAGUAA